AUGGCCGACGACAACCUGCUCGAAGGAAUCGACUUCUCCCUGCCGCUUCACACUGCUCUCGUCGUUUUGAAUGGCAAGCCGGCUCAGGAGGAGAACGUCUUUCCGAAACCAUCGACGCUCUGUCGCAAAGCUGAUAUGGAGGAGGAUCAACCGCCAAUUACUGUGAUUAUCGACGAAAUAAUCGCAAAGUUCUCCAAUUAUCCCGAACUAGUGACGAUUCUCAUGAAGCGUCGUUUUCUCAAGAAGAAGCAGCAGUGCCGCAGAUGCAAUCGGGAAAUGAGCUUGAGACGUCGGAAGGGUUCGUAUGAGGUAUGCUCCUGGAAGUUAUGGCAUUUAAUGGUGUGUUUGUUUUCAGUGGCGCUGCAGAUCAAAAACGACUAAAAGAGACUGCUCCUCGUGUUCCAUCAAGGCCGGAAGUUGGUUUGAGAAAGUGAAGGUCUCGUUCGAUACCAUCUUCAACUUCCUAAUCAUGAAUGGAAAGAAGUGAGUUCAGAAUACACAACAGUGCAGAUCAGUUUUCAAUCCAAUCCUUCAGCUGCUCGACCGAUCACAUGGUCAACCACUUGGGACUGUCCUCUCAUGCCGUCAACGAAAUUCGCAAAAUGUCCUACGAUCUGACUGAGAACAUCAUCAAGAAGUACAAAAAGAUUGGAGGAGACAACAAGGAGGUCUUCGUGGAGGUGGUCACUGUGAUACCGAAUAAACCAAACGGACAGAUCCAUGUGUUCAAAGUGGUCGCAGGUACAAUUUGUUUUCAAACAGAACAAGAAAAAGACAAAUUCUUUCUUUUGCAGGCGUUGAGCUUGAAACAAAACGUUGUUUCGCUCGAAUUGUGCCCGACGAAAGACCAGCGACAAUUGAACAGACCAUCAAAGAUCACGUCGCUGAAGAUUCACUGGUCACAAUGGUCACUACCAUUAGCAACAAUGUUGAAUGCUAUGACAGGUAAUGAAUUUUCCCGAGAUUGCUCUAAGAUCUGUUUGGUUUCCAGCCAAAAUGUCAAGUAUUUGGACGAGAGAGUUCUGCGUUCGCCGGACGAGCUGCCGACGGACCUGCUCUUCUCGAACAUCAGAAACGCUCCGAUUGAGUUCAUCCGCUCGACCGCCGAGCUCUUCCAGAUGUAUCUCAACGAUCAAGUUGUGAGAAGACAAGAGGGAAAGUUCUUCCUGGAAGGUUGCUUCAACGAGCUGAGAAAGUAUUUUUAA